AUGUCGGCGAAGCAGCCUAAGCGAGCGCGACAGCCGAAUUUUACAAAAGAGGAGCUAGCCAUUCUCGUCGAUGGCUACGAGGCGAACCAGCGGGCAAUUGAAAAUCGAGGAGAGGGUCCCCGAGGGUCCCAGGCCAAACAUAGGGCCUGGGAAGACAUCACGGCAACAUUAUUUGCUGUCUCGGGUAUCGUUCGAACGCCCGCCGAGGUUCGAAAGAAAUGGUGCGACGUCAAGAGCGCCACCAAGGCACGCGCUGCUGCAGUUCGCUGCAGCCAGGCGAAAACUGGUGGCGGUCCAGAAGACGUGCCACCUCUGAACGAAUUUGAGACUCUCGUGGCGAACGCGCUGGACCCGGAAGCGAUUUCCGGAAUCUCUGGCAGCAUGGAUAUAGGUGCCCCGAGUGCAGGCACCUGCGAUGCCAUCAGAAAUGUUCCGUCUAGUGCCGGGUUGAGCCAGGAAGACGGGGACAGUGCAACAGGUGAGCCACAGCAACGCAGCAGCAGCACUCCACGGCGGCGACAGCAACCACGCAGCUACACAAGUGAGAAGCUAUUUACAUAG